AUGGGAUUAUUUAACCUUUCAUGGAAAUAUAAACUAUUCAUGAAUAAGCAAUCAUUAUCACAUAAUUCCGAUGUACCAGUGACAACGAAUGAAUUGGAAGAGACUAUUCAAAUAUAUACCAAUGACUCACAUAUCUCGAAUCAUUGUAUUGAUUUUUACGAAACUGCAUGUGGAGAGUGGGAAAAACGUAAUCCUUUGUCAGAUGAUAGUGCUAGUUCAAGCACUAUGCAGCAGAUGGGAAUAAACGUUGAUAACUACUUCUGGAAGAUAAUUGCUAACGACUCCUACGAUAAAGAAGAUUGGCGCUUACAAUCAGCUCGAGCAUUUUACAAAUCUUGCGUAAAUAGUCGAAAUUCAAACACAACGCGUGAUAGUCGUCAUCACUUGAUAGAUAUGUAUUUUGGUGGAUGGCAACUAUUACCAUCACUUUCGAUGGUGACAAAUAAUACAAAUGGACAAAAUCGAAGUCAAAUGAAUAACAGUCUUACCAAUCUAUUUCUACCAAUAUUAACUCAAACUGGACGUUCACCUUUAUUUUCAAUAAAUAUCGCAAAGGAUAUUCUUGCCGUUACAAUUUCACCUGGUCAGUUCGCAUUUCAACCAGAUUUACAGAAGACUACUAUGAAUGAAUCUGAAGAGUAUUACUACAAGCUUGCAUUUGAAACUGGGGUACCUGAGUCUCAAAAAACACAACUAACAGAUGCGUUCCAAAAAAUGAUUCGGUUAGGCAGAAUCGAUUGGAGUUAUGUACUUGAAAAAGUAUUACAUCAAACUGGAUAUGUAAAAUACCACAAACUACCAAUCAUUAUAGAACGGAAAUCUGAACUCCGUCAACGUUGCGCAGAAUACCAGGCUUUAUUGACAGAAAUAGAUGGUGGAAGUACCCUACGCACAAUAACUAUUAUGGAUUUUUUACGAGAACAACAAAUGAAUACACUAAACGUCGAUACAUUUGGAACGGAUGAUAACUUGAAUUCAUCUUCACAACCACAUUUUGAUGAGCAAUGUAUAAAUCGGUUGAAGGAUGGAUUUCCAUGGACACUUGAAAGACAUUAUAUCCGUUCGCAUGUAAACGAAACACACAAAACGGAGGUGAUCAACAUGUUUAACGAAAUUAAACUAACUAUAUCUAACUCAAUACCAAAAAUCAAGUGGUUGAGUGAGGAAGAAAAGAAAUUCAUGAAACACAAGGUUUCAAAACUGGGCAUAUUUGCCUUGUACUCCAAUCCAAAUGCUUCUCAACAAAAAGAAAAUCUCUCAACAGUAUUCCAAUACCCGAUUCGAGAGGACAAUUAUUACAUAAAUGAAUUCUAUAUGCGUAAAGCGAAAUAUAUUGACACUUUGAAAACGCAAUUACACAAUUAUAAUCCAUCUCUCAUAGGAUCACCGGCAUUUCGUGUAUCAGCUUAUUAUACUGAGGAUGAAACUCGCAUAUAUGUAUACUCAGGACUUCUACAACCUCCACUUUAUUAUGAAAAUGGUAGUUUAGCUUCAAAAUUUGGAGCACUGGGUUGGAUUAUAAGUCAUGAAAUUAUGCACGCCAUAGGUAUCCAAGGUAUUCUGUAUGAUGAGAAUUGGAAUAAACGGACUUCGAUGAAUGCUUUAUUGUCAUCUAGUUUGAUACAACUGAAAUCUUUAUGUCUGAGUCAUCAGUAUAGUUCAUAUGAUUACACUAGUUUAAAAGCUUUUCGGACUGAUACUCAAGAAGAAAUGUUGGCUGACAAUAAUGGAUUAAAAGCGUCCUACUACGCUAUGUGUGGACAUCAUGGUGAGAAUAUACUUGUACAAAAUUCAGUAGUUGUGCCUCAUGUUUUGGAAAGGUUUAGAGUAAUCGGGGCGUUGGUCAAUAAUAAAAGAUUCGCACGUGCAUAUGGUUGUCCAGUUGGUUCACCAAUGAAUCCUGAUACGAAAUGCGAUGUAUGGUAA